GGACCGGGAAAUGCGCAAAGAACAUAGACGAGGCGUGCGAGGCGGGGUUCUAGCAAGCUUAUCUCCUCUUCUCCUCUCACAGAAUUUUUUCACGCUUUCUCUCCUCUUCCUGUCCUGGAUCUGCGCUCCCUCCCAAGGAUUUUCCGUAUCCCCGAAGUUUCACCUUGCACGAGAAGCCUCGAGCACACGUUCGUUGAGGAGGUUGGGGAUAUGGAGAACUCUUCGUGCAGAUGUCACUGUUACAUUGAAGACUCCUCUUGGUAUCGUGUUCGAGGAGAUCGAAGCAGGACAGCCAAAGGGCUUGUUUGUCAAAGAGAUUCUGUCUGGUGGGAACGCCGAUCGGAAUGGUCAGAUCCUGGUUGGGGACAAGCUUGUCGCAACGUCUGCAGUCAUACUUGACUCAACAACGAAGCCCAUCAUUGGGAUCGGUGGAGCUGCAAACACCAACUGGAAGCGAACGAUGAUUCCGUGCGGUUCCAUGGAUUUUGAGAAUGUGAUGGCGGCGAUAAAGAGUAACUCGGGGAGAUAUGGAUACGACGAUGUAAGAAUUACUGUCCGAAGGACUGAUCAGAGCGUGCCAAGAUCUACAACGACAAUACAAAGGUCAAGUGCCACAGAGGAAACUGCGUCAAGCUCACCUGACCUUCCAUUGAAAACGCCGGUGGAUGAAUGGAAGCGAUGAGUUUUCAAGAUUCAGAAAUAAUUGAUAAGGGGCUUGCAGUAAAAUGCAAAUG